AUGUCGCCCCUUCUGCCCCACUCCCUGGGUGCUGAUGAACCCAGAAGACUUUCUCUUACCCGCAAACUGGUUUUGUUGGUUAUGUUCUGUCUUACUCAAUUUAUAGACACCUUGAAUAUCUCAGCUCUCAUAUCUGCCAUCCCUGCACUUGAGGCGUCCAUGGGUAUGACUGAAAUUCAAUCCACUUGGGUGUUUAGUGGGUUCCGAUUAACUUUUUCAUCAUUCCUGCUUAUCAGUGGCCGUCUCAGUGACGUAUACAACCCAAAAACUGUAUUCAUCGGAGGAGUGUCCACUCUUGGUAUCCUCUCGCUAUGCGCAGGGUUUGUUUACUCUACAGUUCCUAUCCUCAUUCUCAGAGCAAUCACCGGAAUAGCUUCUGCGAUGACGAUUCCCUCUGCCCUGAAACUCCUGGUCAAGGUAUUUCCAGAUCCGCUAGAACAAGCUCGGGCAGUAGGGUUCUUCGCAGGCUGUGGUGCGGUGGCCAACAUGGGCGGUCUUGUGAUCGGUGCAAUGUUCGUUCAAUGGGCGUCUUACCAUUGGGUCUUCUGGUUUGUGGCAUGCGUGGCUUUCCCGGUGGCUCUGAUUUGUAUUAUCAUAAUACCAUCACAAAUCGGGGAGACUACAGGCACUCGUAAGUCUAAAGGGGCGAAAUGGAGAUCUCUUGAUUUAGUCGGCGUUAGCAUUUUGACUGUUGCCUUUAUAUUAUUGAUUUUCGCCGUGACAUCCGGUUCCACUGAUGGUUGGAAAUCUCCGGUUGUGUUGGUCCUCCUGAUCAUUUCAAUUAUAAUGCUAGUUGUGUUUUUCUAUUGGGAAACACUUUUGCCUGCGGACCGAGUCGCCAUACCACCGCGCACGUGGUUCUAUAACAACUUCUCUGUUCUGUUCGCCACUGCACUUCUGCCAUCCUUCUGGUGGAGUGGGGUUAUGUUUGUUUUUAGCAUCAUGUGGCAAAAUGUGUUUCAUUGGUCAGUGAUGUCGACGGCCGUCCACAUGUUGCCAGUCGGUAUCGUAGCCUUCGCUGCGAGCUGCACUGGAUCACUUUCUCGCAUCUACAGUCCAAAGUGGAUUAUUCUUACCGGCCUAUCGUUGUGCAUGAUCGCCACCUUGUUGCUAGCGCUCGGUGGGGGGAAGCCCGAAAACUAUUGGCCCUAUGUGUUCCCAGCAUUUGUACUUGGCAGCGCCGGAGUCAUGGUGACUUUUUCACAUACGAACAUUGCUAUUUUCCAAGCUGCGCCUUCAUCCAUGUCCGGCACAGUUGGUGCCAUGUUUAACGGUGCACUUCAAUUUGGAUCCGCAAUUGGCCUCGCUGCUAUAACCUCAAUAGAGACAUCCGUGGAGGCCACUCAUGGAGGUUCGCAUGAGUACGCCGGAAGAGCUGCGUCGUUUUGGUUCCUUCUUGGAAUUGUUGCUCUUCAAUUCAUUUCGAUAUUGACCUUUUACGACCGCAGUACGGACCAUAAACCCCAACCAAAGUAUGACGAUCCCAUGUAUUAUACAUCACACAGCACGACGGACUGCGGCGAAAAGCUCGGUGAUAGGAAUGUAACCACUGCAACUGACGUAAACUAA